GUGAGCGGCUGUGGCUGUGAGUCAGCUGAUUGUCACCUGUUCACUUGCUUCUGUCGCUGUUUACAAUCAACCUGUCAGCGGCGGCACCGGGGUGCCCGUUCCCGGUGUGUGCCCUCACUCCUCUAACCCCUUUAUUAGGAGAAUGGAUGAGACCAGUCCACUGGUAUCUCCGGUUCGGGAUAAGAACGACUACACCUUACCACAGCAGGGCUCUCCGGUGGCUUCGGCCCAACUCAGUCCCACUAGUCGCCUCCCUAUAGUGCCUGGAAUAGUAGUCCGGUUACCGGCCUCUUCUCCCUCUCCUCCUUGUGGCUCCUCAGCUCGUGCCAGCGCCGGCCCGUCUCCUCCCGGUUCUCCCGGUGAGCGUGAAAGGCAGCCAUUACUUGAUCGCUCCCAUCACCGGGACCUAAAUCGCUUCCCCGACGAUCCAGAGUUUGCUGAGGUUGUGAAGAAGGCGGAAAGGGCCAUCGAACGAGGCAUCUUCCCGGAGAGGAUCUACCAGGGAUCCAGCGGCAGCUACUUCGUUAAAGAUGAGCAAGAAGAAAUUAUCGCUGUCUUUAAACCAAAGAACGAGGAACCGUACGGCCAACUUAACCCCAAGUGGACGAAGUGGCUGCAGAAGCUCUGCUGUCCGUGCUGCUUUGGGAGAGACUGUCUUGUUUUAAAUCAGGGAUAUCUCUCGGAAGCUGGCGCAAGUCUGGUGGACCAAAAACUAGGGCUUAAAAUUGUCCCUCGGACUAAGGUUGUGUAUCUUGCCAGCGAAACCUUUAAUUAUAGUGCCAUUGACAGGGUGAAAUCAAGAGGAAAACGCCUGGCGCUGGAGAAGGUGCCAAAAGUUGGUCAGAGGUUUAAUCGGAUUGGAUUGCCUCCCAAGGUUGGCUCCUUCCAAUUGUUUGUUAAAGGCUACAAGGAUGCGGACUACUGGCUUCGGAGGUUUGAGGCUGAACCUCUGCCUGAAAACACUAACAGGCAGCUGCAGUUGCAGUUCGAGAGACUAGUCGUUUUAGAUUACAUCAUCCGAAACACUGAUAGAGGUAAUGACAACUGGCUAAUAAAGUAUGAUUAUCCAAUGGAAAGUGGGAAUGCAAGGGAGUCUGACUGGGUUUUGGUAAAGGAGCCAAUCAUCAAGAUCGCUGCUAUUGACAAUGGUCUUGCUUUCCCCUUAAAGCAUCCAGACUCAUGGAGAGCAUAUCCUUUUUACUGGGCAUGGUUGCCACAAGCCAAAAUUCCAUUCUCCCAAGAAAUCAAAGAACUCAUUCUCCCAAAAAUCUCAGACCCAAAUUUUGUCAAAGACUUGGAAGAAGACCUCUAUGAGCUUUCUAAGAAAGAUCCUGGAUUUGAUAGAGGACAAUUUCAUAAGCAGAUUGCGGUUAUGAGAGGGCAGAUCCUUAAUUUGAUGCAGGCUCUUAAGGAUGGGAAGAGCCCUCUGCAGUUGGUUCAGACGCCACCAGUUAUUGUAGAAACAGCUCGGUCACAUCAAAAGAACAACAGUGAAUCCUACACUCAGAGCUUCCAGAGCAGAAAGCCCUUCUUUUCCUGGUGGUAACCCAACGAUAUGCAUUAGCCGCUU